ACCACUGCUUUGAAUUCAAUCGAUCAUAAAAACGAAAAAAAAUGUCCCUGGAUCUAACCCUCGAAUCGGGCGAAGAGAUUCGCUUUCUAAAUAGAAUCAGCAGCACCGUCCGGCAGCUGCUGCGGCGAACGCAUUUUACCACCCGAGAGCUGGAGGCUAUUCUGCUGAUAUACUACAAGCUACUGAAGGACGAAGUAGGGCAUGGUGGACGUGGUCAGCCGCGAUUCAUCACCCGGCAGCAAUUUACAACCGUGUUCGAUACGGUGUUGGGAAUGAGCGAUAGCGUUAUGAUCGGCCGAAUUCAUGCCGCCCUGGAUAAGGGUGCCAGCAGCUUCGUUACGAUGGAAACCUGGGCCCUGGCAAUGUCGCUUUUCCUAAGGGGGACAUUCGAGGAAAAGAUCCGCUACUGCUUUCAGGUGUACGAUAUCCAAAAAGAAGGCAUCAUUCGGAGGGAUCACAUGAUGCUUCUGCUAAAGAAUGCCACUAUCAAGCACCAAGAAGAGGACUCGGAGGAAGCAGUUAAGGAUCUAGUGGAUAUAAUUCUACACCGCAUGGAUCUCGAUCGGGAUGGAUCUAUUUCAUUUCAGGACUUUAGCGAGACGGUUCGGCGGUCUCCCGAGCUGCUAGAGUGCUUCGGGCAGGCUUUGCCCGAUCGACGCAAGGUUUAUGCUUUUGCGAUAACAUUUUUGGAAAAAGUGCACAAAUUUUAACCAGUAAUAAAUUAGCCAAUUAUAAAAACUUACGUAGUCAGCCUGC